UACGGAAGUGCCGAUGUAAACACGGAUGAAAGACGUAGCUAGCAAGCUAACUAGCUAGUUAACUGUGCUAAUUUUACCUUGAGGUUGUUUAUGCUAAAUAGCAUAUCAAUUACACACAUUUACUAUAAAGCUUACUAUGCUACAGUCGUUUAUUAUUUUUUUUUAAAUGAAAUUGUUUAUUGUGUGUCCAUUUAAGUUACCUAACCGCUAGCAGGCUGUCUAAACUUGCUCAGUUUAAACCAAGAACUAGCUCAGCUAGCUAGCUGGUUAGACAACUAUUUAUAAUGACCGAACACGCCAAAAAUAUACAUCUGGAAAAAGCCUCCAGAAAGAAAUUGGAAAAAUUCAACAAAAUGAGGGGCGUAGAGGUGGAAUCUGGAGAAUUCUGGGACCUUGUGGUUCUCACUGCGGUGGAUGAGGAGCAGAAACGCGCAUACGAGCUUCAGAUCCGCCACAAGUGCGACAGGAAGGAAAUACCCCUUGGCAUUCAGUACCACGUGAUCGCGGAUCCCCCUGGACGCAAGAUCGGUAAUGGAGGGUCAACUCUUCAUUCUCUGCAGCUCCUGAAUGAUCAGUACGGGGAGGCCCUGUCCAAAUUCAAAGUCCUUCUGAUACAUGCUGGCGGGCUGAGUCAACGUUUACCCAACGCCAGCGCUCUUGGGAAGAUCUUCACAGCACUUCCCAUGGGAGAGCCUCUGUAUCAGAUGCUGGAGCUGAAGAUGGCCAUGUACGUGGACUUUCCCCCUCACAUGAAGCCGGGCGUGCUGGUCACCUGUGCGGAUGACAUUGAGCUGUACAGCACCAGCGAGAGCGUCAUGUUCCGUAGGCCGGGAUUUACGGCCCUUGCCCACCCCUCGCCGGUCUCCAUCGGAACUACGCAUGGAGUGUUUGUUCUAGAAGCAGCCAGGGAUUCUGAGAUACGUGACAUGGAAUACAGAACCUGUUUCCAGUAUUUGCAUAAACCGAGUGUCCAAAGAAUGCACAAAAGUGGUGCGGUGUGUAGAAACGCGGAUGGCGACUUUGUCUAUACUGACAGCACUUACUACGUCGAUUAUGGCACGGCAGUGAUCCUGUUGAACCUGUUUAGAGACAUCAGGCCUCUUACGUGUGAAGUAGAUGCUUAUGGAGACUUCCUCCAGGCCCUUGGGCCAGGCGCUACAGUGGAGUACACUCAAAACACAGCCAAUGUCACCAAGAAGGAGACCAGCCUCAUGGAGAUCCGAGAGAAGAUCUUCUAUUGCCUCAGGGGAAUGCCACUCAAUGUCAUCCUGCUCAAUGAGUCGAAGUUCUACCACCUGGGCACCACAGAAGAAUACCUGUUCCACUUCACCACUGACCCCUGUCUCAGGGGAAAGCUUGGCCUCCUCCCAGCCGCCUUCAGUGUUUGUCCGCUGGAGGUGUCUGAGGAAAUGGCUGCUCCGCACUGUGUCAUGCACAGCGUCCUUCAUCACAGUGCCUCUGUAUCGGAGGGCAGUGUGGUGGAGUACAGCAAGCUGGAGUCUGCAGCCACAGUGGGCACGCGGUCCAUUGUCAGUGGCUGCUGGGUGGAGGCGGGGCUCUCCGUGCCUAGGGAGACCUUUAUGCACUCCCUGAGUGUCAGGCUGGGCGGUGGGACGGGCUUUGUGACCGUGGCGUUCGGCGUUCAGGACAACCUGAAGCGGAGUGUGUCCAGCCCUGCAGAUAUGAAGGACCUACAGCUGUUUGGAGCUGCUCUGGACCACUGUGCGAGUUGCUGGGGGCUGUGCGCUGAGGACGUGAGGUUCUCAGGGGACGGCAGUGUAUGUAACCUCUGGGACUGUUGCCUCUUCCUCGUCUGUGAGGACCUGAAGUGCUCGUUUGCGAAGACAUUGGAGAUGGUAUGGGCAGUGCUCGGAAAAGGGAAAGUGACUUUGCCCAAACACACCAAACGGCUCUCGCUACGGGAGGCCCUACAGAACAAGGACUUGGAGCAGAUGCUGGAGUUCAGAAAAACACUUCAUGAAGAAAUUCUCCAGGCUGGAUGAACCCUUGCCCCAAAUGGCAGCAUCUAGAAUUGAGAAAAGGAGGAGACAGAUCACAGUUUGAACAUGUUUCAGGUCUUUAUUCCCACAGAAGUCCACUCUUUCCCACCUAAAGAGAGCACUACCGGUCAUGCCUUCUGGACCCCCAACUCCCACAGCCAUGUGAACUUGUUGUGAAUGGAAUCUCAGAGUGAAACUCUGGGCUUGACCUUCUUACCCUGAGUCUUCUAAUGACAGGAAGCUGUGUGAUCAUCAUCAGUACUGUGCUGAAGUGAAGAACAGUGAAGAAACAUGAACUUUUUAGUGUGGUGCAUUAGAGGAGCUCCACUGGUGUUUUAGUGUGGCGCAUUAGAGGAGCUCCACUGGUGUUUUAGUGUGGCGCAUUAGAGGAGCUCCACUGGUGUUUUAGUGUGGAGCAUUAGAGGAGCUCCAGUGGUGUUUUAGUGUGGAGCAUUAGAGGAGCUCCACUGGUGUUUCAUCUAGGGUGACUUUUUUGCCAUUGUUAGAAUGGGUGAUGCAAGGUAUGGCAUUUCUGAAAUUUACAGAAUUUAUUUUUAUUUUAAAGUUUGGAUAUGGAAAUAAAUGGAUGUUGACUUUUAUCAUUAAAAUAGAUUGUUUGAAAAUGGAUAUUUUUCAAAUUUCAGAUUUUUAU